AGGAGCGAGAUACAAUCCAGACUCGGCUUGAUAUAUGGUCACAAGCCAUGGCAGGAGUUCCCGGACUAAAGUUGGGCUACUGUUACGGAAUUCUACAAAUUGAACCCGCGUAGAUUAUUUAUCCUCCGCAACGAAUGGCGAAUAUGACUCCUUUAUGGCAAUUUGGUCUGAUUUCCUACUAAAUUCUCCUUAUUGUAUUUUGCUUCCCAGAGAGAAAGCAAAUCUUUGGGCCAUCAUGGAUGACGACUUUGAUCACCGUAUGGAACUGAGGAGACAGAGGAGGGAACAGAUGCGCCUGGAGGCCGAGACAAUGGGUUACACCAACGACGAUGACGAGGAGGCGGCUCGGGAGGAAAGGAGACGUGCGAGGGAAGAGAGGAAGAAGAUGAGAGAAUCGGAAGAGUGCGGAAGCAGCGAUGUGAUCAACGCCAACAAUGUGGCGGAGAGCGAGACUUCUCCUUCCUCCGCCAUGAGUCUGGCAGUGGAGGACGACGACCAGGCUCUGGAGGAGCGCCUGGCCAAGAGGGAGGAACGUCGGCAGAAGAGGAUGCAGGAGGCCAUCGAGAGACAAAAGGAGUUGGACCCGAGUUUCACCGCGGCCAACGGGCUCGACGGGUCGCCUGAAAACCAGGCGGACAACCACAGUGGUGGGCAGAGUGGUGCGGAGGACGAGGAGAAGGAGGAGGAACAGGUCCAAGAGGAGAUGCUUGAUGCCUCGUCUUGGAAGAAGGAGCAAGAUGAUACAAAGGAAGAGGGUAAGAUUGGCGACGAAGAAGAGGAGGAGGCUGCUCCCGAGGUUGACAAGGAAGAAGAAAAUGAACAGAGAAGGAGGAAAGAAGAGGAGGAAAAACGGAGGAUAGAGGAAGAAGAGCGGCGGGAAAAAGAGGAGAGAAAGAGGAAAGAAGAGGAAGAGAGACGGGAAAGGGAAAUGGAGGAGAGAAGGAGAAAGGAAGAGGAGGAAGCGCAGAAGCGGGAGCUGGAGGAGAGGCGCCAGAAGGACGAGGAAGAGGCGGAAAAGCGAAAACGGGAGGAGAAGAAACGCAAAGAGGAGCAAGAAAAACAAGAGUUGGAGGAGAAGAAGAGGAAAGAGGAGCGAGGAAAAAAGGAGAAGAAGAAAAAGGAGGAGGAGGAGCAGAAGAGGAGAGAGAAGCGUAAAAAGAGAGAGAUGGAGGAGAAGAGGAAAAAAGAGGAGAAUGUAGUGACCAAACAGAAUGGAGCAUUUGUUGAAAAUAAGCUGAAAAAGCCAGACAAGCUAUCCAGCAGGGACGACGUUCCUUCGGCGGGGCAGGACGACAGUGAGCGGCAGGAGGCCGAGCGCAAGCUACAAGAGCUCCAGCGGCGGCGGAAUGACGCGGAGAGCGAGGAGAUGGAGAAGAUGAAGAAGAAGCAGCACCACGCCGAAGCCGAGCUGGAGGAACUGAAGAGGAAGAGGGAGGAGAGGAGAAAGAUCCUUGGGGAGGAGGAAGAGCAGAAGAAGCGAGAGCUGGAGAACAAGAAGAGCAAGGAGCAGGAGGAGAGGAAGAGGAUGAGGGAGGAGAUUGAGAAAAGGAGAGCGGAGGCCGCCGAGAAGAAGAAGCAGCUGGAGCAAGAGUCUGCCAAACCCUCGUUCAAAAUCACCCCCAAAGGUUCAUCCAAGAUUGGGGAGAAGGCGGAAUUCUUGAGCAAGUCGGCUCAAAAAAGCGUGAGAACGUCGAACGCCCCCGUCGUCUCAAAGAUCGGCAGCAGACUCGAACAGUACGCCUCGGCCGUCCAGGGGAACAAAGAUGUGAAAUCCCCCAAGCCUCUCGUGGCUGACAUCCCCUCAGGCGGCACGCGUGGCAUCAAGAGCAUGUGGGAGCGCGGCAACGUGUCUGACAAUCAAGCAAAUAAGGACGCAGGGUCUAUCAAAGGAAGCGUCGCCAGUCGGACGGCGAAGUCCGCACAGGCCGAGAAGACGCCGCUCGUAGAAUCGGAACCGCCGGCAGCGGUGGCAACAAAGCCCGGAGCGAGGCCCGAUAAAUCCCAGCCGGCUGCACAAGCACGUACUAAUGACGUGAAUAAGCAAAGUGACGUCGGUAACAAGCCCAACAUGUGGGAGACCAAGAAAAGCUCGACGCCAGCCAAAGUGUUGGUUGGAGUCAAAGGCAAGUUUGUCUAAAACAUCGCAGCAAAUAUUCACCGCCUGCCUUGAAGCACGAUGCCGAGUGAAGAUCACAUGAUCUGGAUAGGCUGCACUGUCCCAUUGCCUUGAAGAGUUAAAGAACAAAAAAUUGUCUGAGAUGUUGAAACCGAGGGAACAUUUAGUGUUUGUCAAGAUGUCGAAACGUUUGUUUCUCCUUGUGAGCUUUUACAGUUCCGUUUUGCGUGCGCACUGCUUUCUGCGAGUUAAUCGAGGCGAGACCACUAAGCCGCUUACAUUUUUUUUUUAAUGAUGUAAUUUUUUAUUACUGAUGGGUACUAAAUCAAAUACAAAACAAAUACAGGAUUAGAAUUAUUAAACAGUCUAAAGGCAUUUGUAGCAUAACAUAAAAAAAUGUCAAGCUAUAGCGGAUAUCAAAAGUCUACACACCCCUGUUCAAAUCCAUGUUAUUGGGAUAAAACAUUUUUUUAACUUUUUAAAAACCUGCCAUUUAAAGGAGGGUGUGUUGACUUUUUAUAUUCACUGAAUUAUUCUAUCUAUCCCGUGUUUACAAUGACACUGCCUUUUCAUUUUGCUUGCAGCAUGCAUUGUUAACGUGUGUUUCUCUCAGGCUACGUUCACAUGAACCCCAGUGUUAGUUACUUAGUACACCAUAAAAAAAAAAACUUUUUGGGGCCAAGAACAGCAAUUUAAUUACAUUCAUGAAAAAAGCAGCAGACUACCCCCCACCCAAAGUGAUUUCCACUAACAACCCAAGCUAAACUGCUACUUCUUUGACACCGAUUAGCACUUGAUUUAGCCAGGGGCUUUAGCACCAUCUUGUGGUAGUUUAGGCUAUUACAAAAAGAGGACAAUAAUUUUUGGAGUGUAUUUGUUGAAAAAUGCCUAUGUACAUGUGGACAUAGCCUCAACCCGCUGCUGAGCACACGAGUAAGUCCCAACAAUAUUGUGUUGGAUGGAUAUUGGAUAUUUUCAGCAAU